CGCGUCGUCGUCGCGUUUGCUCGCAUUCGAGAGUCACGGGACCCACACUUGUUAUACAGUUGUUGGGUUGUCAGACUAACGACUGAAUGUCGCACUGGCAGUAUUUUUGCAUCACUGUGGAAUAGAGCAGCUCUGGCCAGAUGCGAUGGGUUUCCUGCUGCAACUAAGAAUUCUCCUGUGGAAGAACUUCCUCAUCAGGAAAAGAAACAGGACGCGGCUCGUCGUUGAAAUAGUCUCUCCUCUCCUGUUGUUUGUUUUCAUGCUUGCCGUAAUACCGGCCCCCAAAAGUUACAAUGAAUGUCACUACAUGGACAAGGCCAUGCCCUCCGCCGGCCAGCUUCCAUUCCUCCACUCCUUCCUGUUUCACUCACUAAACCCGUGUUCCGACGACAAGGGUGACUCUCUCUUCCCAGAUAUUCACCUAUGCCGUUUGCUGUCGGGUACCGAUCUGACCUUAACCCACUUCAGGACGGUCCCAGACGAACCGAAAGAAUGCAAGCCAGUUGGAGACUUGAUUACAAAAUUGACUUGCAUCAUGGGCUGGAAUGUGAUUAAGCCCUUCAUCACGGGGAAGAUCCUGUACUACCCGGAUACUGCCGUGACCAGAGCCAUCAUGAUGCAGGUCAACGCUACGUUUAACGAGAUGACUGAUUUAUCCACAAUACCAUCAGAGCUUCUGCAGGUAGAGCGACGCACCAUCAUCCUGACGACGCACUUCAUGGACGAGGCGGACCUGCUCGGUGACCGGAUCGCCAUCAUGAGCGAGGGCCAACUGCAGUGCUGCGGCUCCAGCGUGUUCCUCAAGGAGCGCCUGGGGAGCGGCUACCACCUGACCGUCGAGCUGGAGGAGGCCAAGCCUUACGACCUUGAGCGGAAGAAGCGGCUGCACCACGAGGUGCAGUCUGCAAUGCCGACCGCGCAGCUCCAGGACCGCGACGACGUACAGGAGUCCGAGUUGGUAUACACGCUGCCUGACCGACACAAUGUGGACGCUAUCAUCGCCUUGCUCGCGCGGCUGGACAAGCGGCGCGAGGAGCUGAGCAUCGCGUCGUACGCCAUCUCGGACACCUCGCUCGAGGAGAUCUUCCUAAGGGUGGCAGGCCGCACGGAGGAGGAGGUGGACGUGGGUAGCAGCCGCAGCGAUGUGGCCAAUGUGCUAGAUGACGACUCUUCCAGCGAGCUGCUGAUGGACCCGCUGUCCGGCGGCAGGCUCCUGUGGCACCAGUUCGCCGCCCUCACGCGCAAGCGCUUCAACUACGCCCGCCGCGAUCCGAAGGGUUACUUCACGCAGCUCAUGCUGCCAGCCAUCAUCGUAUUGCUCGGCCUCGCGUUCAGAACUGAAAGCAAAAGCGGCACCCCUCAAGCUCGAGGCACGCGGGACACAGCGAUCCAGAUGCAGCCAUCUCUACUCAGUUGGCCCGUGGUGUCUUUCUUUGAAUUGGAAGAACCCGCGCAGGGCGACGCCUGGGGAGUCAAAUAUACCGAGUCAAUGAAAAUCGACGGUUUAAGUGCGAGCCUCGUCGCCGGCGGCACCGUCAACAAAGAGUCGGACCUCCUAAACCGCAGCAAGCUUGGCCACGAGUGCGCCAACUCGCCGUCGAAUCCUCCAGGCGCAGACUGGUCGGUGGCCCUCCUCCCCAGCAAGGAACUGGUCUACAACGUGACUGGAAGUGACACCGAGACCUGGCUCAUGAGUACUAACAGCGCGUGCCAGCGGACUAGGUUCGGCGGGGUCUCGUUCGGCGUCCAGUACGACAACGGGUCGCUCGCUCAGCUCGGGGAGUUUGGACUUGCUGACAAUACAAGGAUCUGGUUCUCCACAAAUGGCUACGCCUCCGUCCCUGCGUACCAGAACGCCAUCAACAACGUGAUCCUGAGGGCCUCUCUACCGCCCGACAAGACACCAAGGGACUACGGCAUCCUGACGAAUAGCUGGGCAUUGCCUGCCGACCAGGACGAGGAUGGCGAAAAGGGGAUAGACCCAGGAGAUAAAAACCUCGUCGUUUGGUCCACGAAUAUGCUUCUCUUCGCCAUGAGCUUCGUACCCGCGUCCUUCGUCAUGUACCUUGUGGAGGAGCGCGUGGGGCAGUCCAAGCACCUGCAGCUCGUAUCCGGUCUGCGGCCCUACAUCUACUGGCUGCAGAACUACACGUGGGAUCUGGUGAACUUCGCAGCAACCGAAAUUUUGGUCAUUAUGGCCUUCAUCGCGUUCCGAAUUCCAUAUUUUCUACCGUGCGAAAAUCUCUGGGCAGUCAUACUUCUCCUAUUCUUCUAUGGGAUGGCUUGCACUCCGCUGCUAUAUAUCUUCCACUGGUUCUUCCGCACGCCCAGUAUGGCCUUCCUGGUGCUCUUGACAGGAAAUAUUUUCAUUGGCUUUGUCAGCGUAGACACGUUUUUGGUGAUGGCGUACACGAGCUCGCAAGUCCUGCCAACCCUGGAGGCGGUGCUCCUGAUGCUGCCACAAUACUGUCUAGGACGGGGAUUCCUUAACGUGGCAAUAAACCACUACGUAGGAGAAACCAAGCGUUACGGGCGUGAGCGCAUCCCACCACUUGACUGGGAAGUCACGGGCAAGUACUUGGUGGCCAUGGCCGUCAUGUCGGUGGUGCUAGCGGUCGCCGUGUUCCUCGCGGAGCAGAGCACGCACUGGUGGCACGGUCUGGCGCGGGGCAGUGUCAAUGUGGUCGCCCAGGGCGUCGCCAACAAGGGAGACGACGUGCUGCGAGAGGAGCGGCGUGUCGCGGAGGGCGGCGCCGACCAGGACAUUCUCGUUCUCAAGAGGAUUACUAAGCGCUACAACCGUAAGGCGCCCCCCGCGGUGGCGGGCGUGUCGCUCGGCGUGGAGCGCGGCCAGUGCUUCGGCCUGCUCGGCCUCAACGGCGCCGGCAAGACCACCAUCUUCAAGAUGCUGACGGGAGACACGCUCAUCUCCGGCGGGGACGCGCUCGUGUCCGGGCGGUCCGUGCGCGCCGACAUGGACUCGGUGCGCCGCAUGACGGGCUACUGCCCGCAGUUCGACGCGCUCGUGCCGCUGCUCACGGUCCGCGAGCACCUCGACCUGUACAGCAGCCUGCGGGGGACGCCGGACAGGCAUCGGCCCCUGGCCGUGCGCCGCGCCAUCCAGCUGUUCGACCUGGGCGCGCACAAGGACAAGAACGCCAAGGACCUCUCGGGCGGAAACAAGCGCAAGCUGUCGGCCGCCAUCGCGCUGGUCGGCGAGCCGUCGCUGCUGUACAUGGACGAGCCCACCACGAGCAUGGACCCGGUGGCGAGGCGCUUCGUGUGGCAGCGCGUGCGGCGAGUCGUGGCAUCGGGCCGCUCCGUGCUGCUCACCUCGCACAGCAUGGAGGAGUGCGAGGCCCUGUGCGCGCGCCUCACCAUCAUGGUCAACGGCAAGCUCACCUGCAUCGGCAGCCCGCACCACCUCAAGCACAAGUACGGCUCGGGCUACCUGGCCGUGGUGCGGUGCAGCCUGCCGCGGGUGCACGAGGCCACCGAGCUGCUGCUGCAGCGGCUGCAGGGCGCCACGGUGGUCGAGAGCCACCUGCACCAGAUCAAGCUGCAACUGCCACCCCAUCUGUCGCUCAUAGCCAUCUUCACCGCCCUGGACGAGGCACGGCGCGGGGGCAGCGUCGAGGACUACUCCGUCACGCAGACCACCCUCGAGGACGUGUUCAUGCGGUUCGCGCGGGCGCAGAGGGCGGAGCAGCCUUAGGGGAGGAAGAGGGGAGGGGCGAUAAGUAAGAGGCAAUAUUGUGGUGGUAUA